AUGCUCUGCUACAGUUUUCCGGGAAAUCAGACCUUGCUGAGCUCCCAGGCCUCGAGAGCUACAGGCACCGCCUUCCUGCUGCUGGCAGCAUUGCUGGGGCUGCCCGGUAACGGCUUCGUAGUGUGGAGUUUGGUGGGCUGGCGGCCCGCAGGAGGGCGGCCACUGGCGGCCACACUUGUGUUGCACCUGGCGCUAGCCGACGGCUCAGUGCUGCUGCUCACGCCGUUCUUUGUGGCCUUUUUGACAGGGCAGGGUUGGCCACUGGGCCUGGCUGGCUGCAAGGCUGUAUACUACGUGUGCUCACUCAGCAUGUACGCCAGCGUCCUGCUCACCAGUCUACUCAGCCUGCAGCGCUGCCUAGCUGUCACCCGCCCCUUCCUGGCGCCCCGGCUGCGUAGCCCAGCACUGAUCCGACGCCUGUUGCUUGCUGUCUGGCUGACAGCCCUGCUGCUCGCCAUCCCGGCUGCUGUUUACCGUCACCUCUGGGCUAACAACGUGUGCCAGCUGUGCCACCCGACGGCGAGUCAUGCCGCUGCCCAUCUUGGCCUGGAGACGCUGACCGCCUUCAUGCUUCCCUUUGGGCUGGUUCUUGGCUGCUACAGUGUGACGCUGGCGCGGCUGCGGGGCGGCCGCUGGGGCCCAAGGCGACACCAGACGCGGGUGGGCCGACUAGUGAGUGCCAUUGUACUCGCCUUCGGCUUGCUCUGGGCCCCCUACCACGCGGUCAACCUUCUGCAGGCGAUCGCUGCUCUGGGUCCGCAGGAAGGGACUUUGGCGAGGCUCGGUGGGGCAGGUCAAGCUGCACGAGCAGGAACUACAGCGUUGGCCUUCUUCAGCUCCAGUGUCAACCCCGUGCUCUACGUGUUCACCGCUGGGGACCUGUUGCCCCGGGCAGGUCCUCGUUUCCUCAUGCGGAUUUUCGAGGGUUCUGGAGAGGCCCUAGGAGGCAGCCGCUCUAGAGAGGGCACCAUGGAACUUCGAGCUACCCCUCGGCUAAAAGUGAUGGGACAGGGUCACAGCAAUGCGGACACCAGGGGUAGGGUGGAAAAGGACAGUCAGGGAUGA